AUGCGCGUUGCUUCUACAGUCAUUGCCGCUCUUGAGGAGUACGAGUUCGACUUGGAAGCCGGCUUUGCUCGCCUUGGUCCUGGCGAGUCUUCUUGCCUUGGAUGUGUGCUCGCCAUCCACCGAAGCAACCGUCUCGUUUGCGUUAUUGAUGAGAUGGAAACUUGCUGCACUUGGUGUGCUCACAAUCACAAAAAGUGUACUGCUCACUACUGGAACCAAGUCGACUACGAAACCACAGUCGACCGAACGCUGACCCCCAUCCAACGCUGGCGUAUUGUGCAAUGCCUCGACCGUCGACGAAAUUGGUUCCGCCCUUCGCUCCAUCGAUUCAUAAUCUCUCAUUACCUGCGAGAGCCUUCGCCAGAUCCCAAAACCAUUGCCGAACUCUCGCCUCGUAAUCGCAACCAUGGCUAUAGUCCCUGUCCCCCCGGAGGAAACACCCCUGACCCAUUUGAACCAAUACAACCAAGCCAGAACAGUACGUCUGUGAAGACAAAUACCAGACAGAGGCUCUACCACAAGGCGCUGGAAACAGGCCGCCGACUUGUCGCCAACCUACGCGAACCCACAACCCCUUACCGGGUUCACCCUCCUACCACUGCCCGCUAUACCUUCGAAUACAGCGAGCCUAAGCCUCGUCCUAAAGAUCCUAAAACUUAG